AUGACAUCCUCCAAGGAAGGGUCAACCUCCCGCCCUACGAGCUCUGGUAGCUUUCCUCACAAAAGCGCCUCUUCUUCCAGACAGCAUGCUCAUUCCGUAUCUCUCGGCGCCAUGAACCCAACACAUCGAAUCAGCAGACGGAAAAGUGUCAACUCCACCGCAGCUAGUAGCACUGCUCAUGCAGUAGCGGCUGCGUUACGAGAACAAGGAGAGGCACCCGUGAACAGUACAUCUCAUCGACGGAGUCUGGGAUCUAGAAAAGGUCUAGAGUCCACGUCGAUGGGCAAUCCCUCAAGUAUGGGCACAUACUUCUCAAGGCCUAUUGUUGGUACAAGCAAUGUUUAUACAACAGACCGCAAACCGUCCACGGCUUCGAUCGAAGAUGAUCCUGUAGAAGACGAGCAUACUGUCGAAAGGUCCAUGAACACAAAAGGUCGCAAUAGACGUGCUAGUGAGGGAGCUUAUCUGUCAAAAGGAGAGGGAAAGAGACUGCCCUCAGAGCUGAGAUGUGAUACAUGUGGAAAAGGUUACAAGCACAGCAGUUGCCUGACCAAGCAUAUGUGGGAGCACGAUCCCGCAUGGGCAUUGACCUCGAAGUUGUUGAUUUCGAAGCAUCAGCAAGUCCAGCUUCUGGAGGCAGCAAGUGUGCUGGUCAACAUGAACGCUGACGGCUCAACACCGCCUGACAUCUCUCAUAUUCAGGACAGCGAGUAUUCCUCAGCUUCUCCCGGUUUCUCCGGCUCUUCCGAAGCGCAAGACGAGCUUAGUUCAACCGAGACCACUCCUCCACCUAUGAGCGAUGCUGCUGUCUCUGUUCCGAGCAGCAAGCGCUUCAGCAGCAGCAGUGGAGGGUUUUCACGUUCAUACCGUUCCAUUCCUUCCAGCUCGUUCGCCGAAAGCGUUGCGUCGCCAGGACUUCCUCCACAUAGGUUCCCUAGCGUUGAUCAUCGCCCUACGACUUCGGGAAUUGAUGACGGCGGCCUAGCCGCUGCGGCUGAGCUGCUGAACUUUGGCACGCCAAGGACUAGACCCACUCAGCUGUCAAGCGAUGUUCCUCCUGUGCCGCCCCUGCCUGAGCAGUACCAGUCUGCCAACAAAUUGUUAGCAAACAGCUCCACUCCCACGGUGUUCAAUUCUUUGGGUAUUCAUGCCUUGACACAACCUAUCUCGGAUGAGCGAGACGCGAGGAUGCAAGAGAAUGCUUCUACGCCACAUGGGGGUUAUCAUGGUAACAUGAAUAUGGAUGAGGACGAGGAUGACAUGUUCCGCAUGGAGGAAUGA